AUUAGGGUUCCUGGUGGUGUUACUGUCACGAUUGGCAAUUUGAAUUGGUUUGUUAUGAGUUAUAUUGCUGCCUGCUACCUAAUUGUAACGAAUUGUGGAGUUUUAUUAAUGAAAAUUUGGUACAUUGAAAUUACAAGCUCAUGUUCUGUAUUUGGGACUUGUUUGUGUUUUGGCGGUUGAAUUUAGGGCCGGGGUGAUUUGGAGCAAGUUUGAGGCAUUGAGUGAUUGUGUUGCAAAGGGGCUUUCGAGAAGAGUAUUUGCGACAUUGUCGAUGAAUUGACGGCAAAGAUUCUGUUUUAGUCUGUUGAUUGUAUUGUAUAUGGGAGAUUAGGCUGUUCGAAUGCUGUUGAUUUUGUAUGUCACUAAUACAGUCUAAUUUUAUGUCCUGAUAGAUUUGUGGUAUAGGACAGUGACUGCUGAGUGGUUUUUGUAGAGGAUGGUUUGUUACUAUUGUUGUCGCUGUUGUGUUAUUUUACCUUGGUGAAGAAUUCAAAACAUAGUCAUUAGACAAGAAGAACUGAAGUUUGUUGGAUGGGUAAUAAACUCGGGAGGAGGAGACAAGUGGUAGAUGAAAAAUUUACAAGGCCGCAAGGGUUGUACAAUCAUAAAGAUGUGGAUCAUAAGAAGCUGCGGAAGCUAAUCCUCGAAUCAAAGCUUGCACCUUGCUAUCCUGGAGAUGAAGAAAGCGCCUAUGAUCGUGAAGAGUGCCCAAUUUGCUUUCUGUACUAUCCAAGUCUAAAUCGAUCAAGAUGUUGCACAAAGAGCAUAUGUACAGAGUGCUUUUUGCAGAUGAAAGUUCCAAAUUCAACUCGGCCUACACAAUGUCCCUUCUGUAAAACGGCAAAUUAUGCUGUGGAGUAUCGUGGUGUGAAAUCUAAAGAAGAGAAGGGAUUGGAACAGAUUGAAGAGCAACGUGUUAUAGAAGCAAAAAUAAGGAUGCGGCAGCAGGAACUCCAGGAUGAAGAAGAAAGAGUGCACAAAAGACUAGAGAUAAGCUCUGCAAGUGCGAAUGUGGAAGUUGCAGAUGUUGAAUACAGUUCAAAUGCAGGGGCUACAUCUUCAGUUUCUGUUGUUGAACGUGAUGAAAUUGUUUCUUCUCAAGACUCUUGUGCCACGCCAGUGGUUAGAUCUCAUGCAGCUGUGAGGACCAAUAGAGAGGAUGAAUUUGACGUUGAUCUUGAGGACAUUAUGGUCAUGGAAGCAAUCUGGCUUUCCAUUCAGGAGAAUGGCAGGCAGAGAGAUUUAUCUUUUGCUGAUGCUAGUUCUGGCCACUUUGCGGCCAAUGAUCGCUAUGCUUCAUCUGUCACGGUUCCUCAGACAGGAUCUUCUUCAUCGCCCUCUGGGGGCCUUGCCUGUGCCAUUGCAGCUCUUGCUGAGCGUCAGCAAAUGGCUGGAGAAACAUCUAUGAGUUCCACCAAUGAAAGUAUGCCCUCAUUCAAUAUGCUACAGGGUUCCAGAAGGUUUUACAACAGGCUUGGUAGAGAUGUGGUUAGUUAUCCACCUACAGACAACCACAAUGAUGUACCACCCGAUGAUGAUGGCGCGAUGACUAGGGGUCAUAGUGAAUGGGACAUAGACCAUGGGCCACAGGUGGUUGAAACAGCAACUAGUUAUGCAAACUCUGUUGCAGCAGAAGAUCGCGGUGAACUAUCUUUACCACGGUCUGAUGACAUUGAUGGCAGCCUUCAAAAUGCCACUGCCACAGACCCCAUUGUUCCUGAGAGUUAUGAGGAGCAGAUGAUGCUAGCUAUGGCUGUCUCUUUAGCUGAAGCUCGAGCCAUGUCAAGUGGACACAGUGCUUCUUGGCAGUAGUUUUCGGUUGAGGGGCUGGUUUUAUCUUCUUAAAUAGGUGAAGCUUGCCUUGGCUGUUUGACUAGCCAAGUCCUGAGUUGGGAGUCUGAGCAAAAUUCACAUGUGUGCAAUUUAUUCAAAGAUCAGGUAGUGAUUCUCUUCUUACACGAAUUUAUAUAUAUAGAUGUCAAAGGAAAACAUGAUUCAAGUUAGUGAAAGGUUGUUGCUUAAUGCCAUUUUUACUCAUGUUUGUGUC